AUGGACUUCUAUCAACGUGAAAUCUAGGAUGGUUUACGUUUCUCAUGGAACUACUGGCCUUGCAAUAAAAUAACUGAGUAGAGAGUUGUUCUCCCAGUUGGAGCGAUCUAUACUCCUCUAAAAGAAAUCGAAAAUAUGGCUCUUGUUGAAUACACACCUGUACUUUGCAAAACUUGCCAAGGUGUCUUAAAUCCUCACUGUCAAGUUGACUUUAGAUUCAAGAAUUGGGGGUGUCCAAUCUGCCAAACUAGAAACAACUUCCCCCCUCAUUAUGCUUCAAAUAUUUCUGAGUAAACUCUCCCAGCUGAACUAAUUCCAGAAUUCAGUACUAUGGAAUACAUUUUACCAGAAACAUAAUAAGCACCUAAUGCUAGACCCAUCUUUCUCUUAGUAGUAGAUACUGCUGUCUAAAGUGAAGAGCUAGCAGAACUAAAAGACUCUCUUUAACAAUCAAUAAACUUUAUACCAUAAGAUGCUCUCAUUGGAUUGAUCACUUAUGGGAAAAUGACCUAUGUACAUGAAUUAGGAUUUUCAGAGUGUCCUAAAGCCUACGUGUUCAGAGGAGAUAAGGAGCUGACAGCAAGAUAAAUCUAAGACUAACUUGGCUUAACUCUUUCUUAAGAUCCUUUAAAUAAGGGUGAUAACUCUGCCCUCAAGAGAUUCUUGGUUCCAGUAAGCGAGUGUGAAUUUGCUCUCAACUCAAUUCUAGAUGAUUUGUAGCCAGAUCCAUGGCCUGUCCAAUCAGGACAUAGACCACAAAGAUGCGUGGGUACUGCCUUAAAUGUUGCAGUCAGUCUUUUAGAAGUUACUGGUACUUAAAGCAGAGGAUCAAGAAUUGUGAGUUUGAUUGGAGGUCCUGUAACUUAUGGACCAGGUAUGAUUGUCUCUGAAACUUUACAAGAGAAAAUCAGAUCUCAUUUGGAUAUAUAAAAGGAAAGGGAUAACACAAAAUAUCUGAAGAAGGGCAUCCAAUUUUAUCAAGCUCUUUCACAAAGAGCCUAAAUAAAAGGUAUCAUUAUUGAUCUUUUUGUUGCUGCAUUGGAUUAAGUUGGAGUCCUUGAGAUGAAAACCUGCUUUGAAAGAUCUGGUGGUUACUAUGUGAUGACUGAUUCUUUUGGAAAUCCUGUAUUUAAGGAAAGUUUUAAAAAAUUCUUUGAAGUGGAUGAAAAUGGAGAACUAAAGAUGGGAUUCUUAGCCUAAAUUACUCAUCUUUGUUCAAAAGAAAUUAAAAUUCAAGGAGCAAUCGGUCAAAUUACUCCAGUUACUGUUACUAAAAACCUCUACUUUUCAGACAAUUAAGUUGGUAAUGGAGGUACAAAUUAAUGGUACAUAGGUGCAAUUGAUAAGAAUAAGUCUAUUGCAUUUUACUAUGAUAUUGUGAACCAACAAACAUCUUAAUAACAUUAGAAGGUAUUCUUAUAAUACUAAACUACAUAUCGCCAUGUAAAUGGAAGCAGAAGAAUGCGUGUGACUACAGUCUAACGAUUAAUGUCUCCAGCUGAUGAUCUUAGAGAAAUGGCCUAUGGAUUCGAUUAAGAGACUGCUGCUGUACUGAUGUCUAGGUAUUCAGUCUUUAAAACUUUAAGUGAAGAUUCAAUUGAUGUCAUUCGUUGGUUAGACAGAAUGCUCAUUAAAUUAGUUGCUAGAUUUGCUGAGUAUAAAAAGGAUGAUCCUUCCAGCUUUAAACUGUCAAGAGAGUUCAGUUUAUUCCCUCAAUUCAUGUUCUAUCUCAGAAGAUCUUAAUUCUUGCAUACCUUCAAUGCUUCUCCUGAUGAAAGUGAAUACUAUAGGGGACUAUUAAUGAGAGAAAAUGUAGCUAACUCUUUAGUCAUGAUUUAACCAGCACUUAUGUAGUAUUCAGUUGAUGCUGAAUAACCAGUUCCAGUGCUUUUGGAUAUUGAUUCUUUAAAGAACAAUGUUAUCUUACUACUUGAUACCUUCUUCUACAUUGUCAUUUGGAAGGGAGAAACAAUUGUUUAAUGGGAAGAAGCUGGAUAUCAUGAAGAUCCUAAAUAUGAAAAUGUUAAGAAUCUUUUAUUAGCUCCUAUUGAAGAUGCCAAGUUCAUAAUGCAAGAAAGAUUCCCAUUACCAAGAUUCUUCGUGUGUAAACCUGGAGAUUCUAAUGAAAGAAAGAUCAAAGUCAGAGUUAACCCCUCUUCUCUUACUGCCAAUAACGCCACAGUUGAGAGUGGUAACUAUUUCACAGAGGAUGUUAGUCUUAAUCUAUUCAUGCAGCAUCUUAUUAGAAUGGCAGUCCAAUCCUGA